ACUAUGUACACUGAACGUCACUUCCGGUAAUGAAUGUGUUGUCGAUUUAGGAAUAUAUUUUUGUUACAGUGAUCGGACUAUAGAUAUACAUCACUAUGGCGGCUAAAUCUGAGAAAGAUCCGCCAAAUUUUGUGCAUCAGAACGCCAUUCUUUGUGAAACUAUAAUGAAAGAACAGAGACAUCAAAUUCUAUACACAAAUUUCAGUGUAAAUCCUUACAAGAAAAUUCAUGCCUUAUCUGGGAAACCUAAUUCUAAACAUGACACUGAAGAAGGCGAAGAAGACACACAUUUCAAAAAAGUGAUAGCACGAGCAAAUCAAGAACCAGUAAAGAAAUAUUCUUUUCCUCAAACAGAAGCUCAAGAAUAUGGAUGGAUAACUCAACCUCUGAUUGAUCAAGACAGAUCUGACAAAAGGAUAAAUUUCUUUCGCCAGAAUACUGCCAUCACAAAAUAUAUGGAUGCUGCGUGGCGAGUAAAGGAACAAACCGAGAACAUGAAUUAGUGACGCCUUUAAUACCGAUCAAUGCCUUGCUGAUAAACCUCACUACCAUCAGAGUGGCACUAUAUUGAGAUUUGAGACACUUUGUUUGCAAUUCUCCAAAAUGUUUUACUCAUGUUUAACACCUUUUACAUUCAGGAUAUUUAUAAAUGUGAUGCAACUUGCAGUUGUGCCCCAUCAUAGGUUUCAAAUACCAUCAAAUGUUUCACAUGUAUGAAGAAAUAUGAAAAGUUCAAUAUGGCACUGAAGUGAAAUAAAUGUCAGCUGUCAAAGUUACACAAUCUACAAUAAUCAUGUGCAAGUUUUUUUUACUUAUUUCAUAAGAUCAUGAAAUAUACAGAAAAUUACUAUCUAGCAUAUUUGUGAUAAGUACAUACUAUCUGUAAUGUUUAUUUUCUUAUAUGUCUAAUAAUUUUACAAUAACUCAUUUAAUAAAUAUUUUAUAUAACUG